AUGGUAAAGAAACCAAAUGGCAGCUGGAGAAUGUGUGUCGACUAUAAGGAUCUGAACAAGGCAUGUCCCCGUGACUGCUACGCUUUACCAGACAUAGACGAGAAAAUCGAUUCUUUGGCAACAUUCCGGUGGAAAUGUUUUCUGGAUUGCUACAAAGGGUACCAUCAAGUUCAAAUGGCCGUUCAAGACGAAGAUAAAACCGCAUUUCGCACGCCAACAGGCCUGUAUUGCUACACCAAGAUGCCUUUUGGCUUGAAAAAUGCAGGCGCGACAUACCAAAGGUUGAUGAACGAAACAUUCAGUGACCCCAUUGGUAAGUACAUAGAAGUGUACAUGGAUGAUCUGGUAAUCAUGAGCAAAGAGGAAAGCACGAUGCUGGCGAACAUACAGAAUACCUUUAAUACGCUGCGUAGCGUAAGUAUCAAGCUGAACCCAGCAAAGUGCUCAUUCGGAAUGGAAGAAGGGAAGUUCUUGGGCUUCAUCGUCACAAAGGAUGGUUUUAAGGUAAAUCCAGAAAAGGUCCAAGCAAUAGAAAGGAUGCCCUCACCAGCAAACAUCAAAGACACGCAAAAACUAGCAGGACGAUUAGCCGCACUCAAUCGUUUCUUAGCUAAUCACGUUGCAAAAUCCUUCCCAUUCAUCAAGACCUUGCGCAAUUGCAUGAAGAAAAGCCAGUUCCAAUGGACUCCGGAAGCAGAGAGUGCGUUCCGCGAGAUGAAAGAUUGCCUCAUAAGACUGCCAACACUAACCGCACCAAACAAGGGAGAACCUUUGGUACUCUACCUGUCAGCUUCCGACAGGGCAGUCGGGGCCGUAUUACUCGUCGAUCGUCAAGGUAUUCAAACACCAGUUUACUAUGUGUCGCGAACCUUGACCGAUCCAGAAACUCGGUAUGCAAUCAUGGAGAAGCUAGUCCUUGCGCUGAUUCACGCUUCAAGACGGCUGCGCAGGCCAGAAGUAUCAGGAAGGCUAGCUAAAUGGGCAAUAGAACUGGGGGGUCACAAUGUGGUUUUCAGACCAAGACCAUCAAUCAAAGGCCAGGUCUUGGUAGAUUUUAUGACGGAAGUCCCAGGCGACAAAGACAGAGAAUGCAAAGCGAUGGAGAAAGCUGAGAAAAAGCAAACAGAGGAGCCAUGGCUGUUGUAUACAGAUGGUGCAUCUAAUGAAGACGGAGCAGGCGCGGGACUAAGGCUGGUAAGCCCAGACAAACAUGAAUUCACAUACGCCAUACGCCUGGACUUCAAAAGCACAAACAACGAAGCCGAGUACGAAGCCUUCCUGGCUGGCCUGAGAUUGGCAAUCAAAAUGGGGGUCCGACACAUCGAAGCGCAUGUGGACUCCAUGUUAGUAGCAGGCCAAAUCAAUGGUCAAUAUGAAGCCAAGGGCGAUGUAAUGGCACUUUAUCUCAACCAAGCGAAAACGUUGCUACAAACCUUCUAUUCCUACAAGGUGCACCAUAUAAAUCGAAGCGAAAACAAGCCGGCGGACGCUUUAAGCAAGCUUGCAUCAACAAGUUUCCAGCACCUAGCAAAGGAUGUGCGCAUAGAGAUCUUGAGCAACCCAUCCGUUCCACUCAGAGAAGUAAGCGUAAUCCAGACAGGAACAACGUCCUGGAUGACGCCGAUAAUCAUGUACUUGCAGUCUGGGAUACUUCCAGAAAACAAAGCCGAGGCGCGAAAGAUCCAAUACAAAUCAGAACACUAUCAGAUGGCAGAUGGGAUACUGUACCGAAAGUCGUAUCUUGGCCCACUACUACGAUGUGUUGACGCCGACGACGCAAAUUACCUGAUCCGGGAAAUGCAUGAAGGAAUUUGUGGUAUCCAUGCCGGGCCUCGAAUGGUAGUGGCAAAAGUGAUGAAUGCCGGAUACUACUGGCCCGGGAUGCACCUUGAUGCUGUGAAAGAACUGAGAAAGUGUAGUGGCUGUCAGAGGCAUGCGCCAAAGACCAUGCGCCCCAAGAAUGAACUAGUGCCUGUAACAACCGCAUGGCCUUUUCAACAAUGGGGCAUAGACAUGGUAGGUCCCUUCCCAGAAGCACCGGGGGCAGUCAAGUUCAUAAUAGUCGCGGUUGACUACUUCACCAAGUGGGUAGAAGCAAAGGCGCUUGCAUCAACCACAUCGGCAGUCGUCAAACGAUUCAUAUGGGAACAAAUCAUAUGUCGGUUUGGCUUACCUCUCCGAAUCAUCACCGAUAAUGGAACUAACUUUGCAGCAGACGACCUCGAACGAUGGUUCAAAGAACUACACAUCGAGCAUACCUUCUCUUCGGUUGCGCACCCGCAAGGGAAUGGUCAAGUAGAGGCAGUCAACAAAAGUAUCGUUGAUGGUAUCAAGGCAAGGCUCGGCGAGAAACGAAGAGGCUGGGUCGACGAACUACCAAGCAUACUGUGGGCCCAUAGAACAAUGCCAAAAACAAGCAACGGUGAAACGCCGUUCAGUUUGGUCUAUGGGUCUGAAGCUGUUAUCCCAGCAGAAAUCGGGUUGCCAUCUCCAAGGAUGCUCUCCAUGAAUUGCUCGGCAAGGGAACCUACAAACUACGCACCAUCAACGACAAAGAGGUUCCACGAACCUGGAAUGCCCAACAACUCCGAAAGUGCUACAUGUAACACAACCAUGUAA